AUGGCUUCCCAGUACACUCCCCGCCUCAUCGGUGCUCCCAACACCCUUGAGCACCGCGUCUACAUCGAGCAGAAUGGCUCCGUCAUCUCGCCCUUCCACGACAUCCCCCUCUUCGCCGACCAGAACCAGGGCAUCUUCAACAUGAUCGUCGAGGUUCCCCGCUGGACCAACGCAAAGAUGGAGACGUCCAAGGAGGAGCCCUUCAACCCCAUCAAGCAGGACAUCAAGCGCGGCAAAUUGCGCUUCGUCCGCAACUGCUUUCCCCACCACGGCUACAUCUGGAACUACGGUGCCUUCCCCCAGGUUGGCUACGUCGGCCAGGUCAAGCAGGUCAAGGUACUCGGCAUCAUGGCACUCCUUGACGAGGGCGAGACCGACUGGAAGGUCAUCGUCGUCGACGUUCAGGAUCCCCUCGCCUCCAAGCUGAACGACAUUGAGGACGUCGAGAGGCACUUGCCCGGCCUUAUCCGCGCCACGAAUGAAUGGUUCAGGAUCUACAAGAUUCCCGAUGGCAAGCCCGAGAACACCUUCGCAUUCUCUGGCGAGGCGAAGAACAAAAAGUAUGCCAUGGAGAUCAUUCACGAGUGCCAUGAAGCCUGGCGCAAGUUGAUCCACGGCGACACUCCCGCCAGGACUGCUUCCUACGACAUUUCCAUCCGCAAUGUCACCAUCCAAAACUCUCCUGGCUUCGUCAGGAGGGACGAUCCUUCGUAUACCAGCCUUCCUCCUCCUUCCGGACGCGCUCCUGAACCCAUCGAACCUUCUGUUUCGAAAUGGUUUUACAUCUCAUCUGCCCAAGUGUAA